CUUUUUCUUAGCCUGCGCAGCCGGCCUCGAGGUACUUUUGCUGAUCUGCCGUGAAUCUUGUUGUCUUGUGAUUGGAAAGUGACGGCAAAAUAAAGUGACUGUCUUCACCACAAAAAGGCUGACGCGGUGCGCGGAAAGGGUUACCUGCAAAGUACCUGCCACGGUCACCAAAACAUUUCAUUCUCCGAACCCAACCACAAUGGCUGUCGCCAGUACCCCUCGCCCUCUCUCGUCGCGAUCACAGCAAGACCUCAACAUGGUUAUGCCAAUGCCUCCCCCUCUCCUGCACACUCGUUCAGGCAACGAGCUGUACGAUCGUCCUCAAACUCCCACAACGCCAGGCGGAAAUCAUGGUUUCACGAGCCCAGUCCAGACGCCGCAGGGCAGUCCAAGCAAGAAACAGCUCCCUCCAGGUGCCAAUGACCUCCCAAAUGUCUUUGACAAUGCGAUGAAACUCGCCCCUGUCUCGCCUACGAAGGGUCAGCCUAUGUCACCGACCAAACAAGGACUCUCAGUUAGCAAUGACAACAUCAGCAAGGACCCCUUUGCAGACCACAACAAUCAGCACUAUGGCCGCUCUGAAAGUCCAACGCGUCAGUCUAACAAGGAAAAUGCUCCUGCGAGAUAUGGAAAGGAUGUCCAGCAGAACCAUGCUGCGCUGUCAAGACAAGAACAGUACCAGCCAACUGAGUCCAGGAAGACCAUCACACGAGGCUUGACUACAGAGGAGAUGCAGAAAUUGCAGCUUCCAAAAGUCAAGCGUCUUGCCAAUGUCACUCAACUGUACUUCCUCGACUACUACUUCGACCUUCUGUCUUACGUCCACAACCGUCAAGCUCGAGAAACCGCCUUCAAGGCCUCCUUUCCUGCUCCUCCUGACACUCCAGUCGAAGAAUAUGAUACUGCUCUGCAAAAGUAUCUUGGCCGUGAGCGUGCUAAUCUGCGCAAACGCCGCACUCGCCUCCGACAUGGUGACUUCCAGAUCCUCACACAGGUUGGACAAGGUGGUUAUGGUCAGGUCUAUCUGGCUCAAAAGAAAGACACACGCGAAGUCUGCGCUCUCAAGGUCAUGAGGAAGAAGCUGCUGUUCAAGCUUGACGAGGUCAGACACAUCUUGACUGAGAGAGAUAUCCUGACCGCUGCGAAAUCCGACUGGCUCGUUAAGUUGCUCUACUCCUUCCAAGACGACGAACAGAUCUAUCUUGCCAUGGAAUACGUGCCAGGAGGUGACUUUCGAACACUAUUGAACAACACCGGGGUUCUUCACAACCGUCAUGCACGAUUCUACAUUGCCGAGAUGUUCGCCUGUGUUGAUGCUUUGCACACUUUGGGCUACAUCCAUCGCGAUCUCAAGCCGGAGAACUUCUUGAUCGAUGCUACUGGCCACGUCAAGCUCACCGACUUCGGUCUUGCUGCUGGUAUGUUGAGCCCGAUCAAGAUUGAGAGCAUGAGAAUCAAGCUUGAAGAGGUUGGAAACACACCUGUGCCCUUCGGUAUCACUCCAGUCGAAGACCGGUCAGCUGACCAGCGACGUGAGGGUUACCGCUCGCUUCGAAAGAAAGACAUCAACUACGCCAAGUCGAUUGUCGGAUCUCCUGACUAUAUGGCUCCGGAGGUUCUCAAAGGUGAACAAUACGACUUUACUGUCGAUUACUGGUCUCUGGGAUGCAUGUUGUUCGAGGCUCUUGCUGGGUAUCCACCAUUUGCCGGCGCAACGGUCGACGAGACAUGGCAGAACCUGAAGAGAUGGCAGCGUGUCCUGCGGAAGCCCAUCUACGAUGAUCCAAACUACUUCCUCAGCAAGCGAACCUGGGACCUGAUCACUCGUCUGGUUGCUGGGAAGGACAAUCGGUUCAAGAACAUCUCCGAGAUCCACAAGCAUGAAUACUUCGCCGAGGUUGACUUCAGUGCUUUGAGAGAGCAGAAGGCACCAUUCGUCCCCGAACUCGACUCGGACACCGAUGCUGGAUACUUUGACGACUUCAGUAACGAGGCCGAUAUGGCCAAGUACAAGGAGGUUCAUGACAAGCAGAGAGCUCUCGAGGACAUGGCUGAGCGUGAUGAGAAGAUGAACAAGGGUUUGUUUGUUGGUUUUACAUUCAGACAUCGCAAGCCUGAUCCCGAGGGAAGCCCAAGAAAGAAGAUCGAGACAGAUGGCACCUUUGGAACGAUCUUCUGAUCGCUCAACAAUGCGGGUGCACAGGUCUAGGUGUCUGCCAAAGGCGCACAAGUAUGGUCAUGGCGCGUUGGGCCUUUCAGGCAAAUUUCAGUAUGACAUUCAGGGAUUCUACGAACGAAGUACAGGGUCGAAGGAGUAGAUUUGCCAACAGGGGCGUGGGUCAAUGGCGUUGAGCUGGUUGCGCGUAACACUGCGGACUGCACGGUCAAGAAUCGGUCUGCACAUGCGAAGUAAUGUGGGAUGAUGGAACAUGAUGCUGGAGUAUGCAAACGACGUUGGUGUAUGCGCUUGGGCAUGGAGUUGGACUCAGUCUUGGUGUUUGUGUCGGGGCUAGCAGGCAUGAAUACUAGCACAGGCAUGGGCAUGAGCAUUAAGCACACAUUGAAUUGUUUUUAACCCGAUCAAUAAUCUUGACC